GACCAGUAAUAGCAAAAAGAUAAAAAAGAUCAAUCAUGUAAAAUUAAUCUUACUAGAUUUAUCAUUAAACAAACUAUCAUAAUAUGUAAUUCUUUUUAUUUAAAACAUCCUAUUUUUAUAGAAAUUGUUGGUUAAAGUAGCAUCUCGUAGACUGUGUCAGAGUAAAAAAAAAUGUUUAUAUUUUGGGACGGAGAGAGUAUGUGACAGAGGGAGAAAGGGUAUGUUUAAUUCCACGCUAAAAUUAGAAGUUUGAAAAAAUUAGAAUGAUGUGACGGAAAAGUUGAAAGUUUGUGUGUGUAGGAAAGUUUAAUGUGAUAAAAAAGUUAAAAGUUUAAAGAAAAAAGUUGGAAACUAAACAAGGCCCAACUCCUUUUGAACUAAGGGAGUAGUUGGGUGAGGUUAGGAAGUUGGGAUUAAAGAAAUCAGAUCAGGUCUAAAAUUUCCUGUCAUGUUCAACGCUGCUAGUAGUCUAGUCAGUCAAUUGCUGUACUCCGAAAUUGACUACUAGCACCGUGUACUGAAGUCGCUAAUGCCGGUCAAAUCAACUACAUCUCAGCAAAAACCAAACUCGUUGUACGGAUAUAUAGAGCAAACGAACAGAGUUUGCUCCUCUUCACGUCGUCUCGCCAUGGCUCGCCUACCAAGUUUGCUCCUCUUCUUUAUCCUCGGCGUCCAUGCCUCCGUUUCCCAUGGCUCGCCGCCUCUUCCAUCCACUUACGACCCUUCCAUUUGCUCCAAGUCAUCAGAGUGCGGAGGCGUCAAUAUCUCCUAUCCUUUCUAUCUUUCCAACGCCACCGAUUAUUACACUCGAUUUUCUUGCGGCUACACCGAUUUGAAGAUCUCUUGCAGCCGGGACCGGGACGGGAGGAACGAGACUCCCACCAUCCUACUCGGUGGAGACAACUACACCAUCCUGGACAUCAUCUACGACAGUCACACCAUCGUGCUCGUGGACACCGAUGCGCUCCGCGGCGGCAGCUGCCCCAGAGUGGGCCACAACGUCACCUUCGGCCAGGCCUAUGAGUGGCUUUAAUACACCGGCUCCCCUGACAACCUCACCUUCUUCUUCGGCUGCAAACUCAACCUUGCACCACCAAUCGAUCCAGGGCUGGUUAGUGUUGCAGACCAGUACCAAAUCAACUGCAAAACCUUCAGCAACGCUCCUAACGGUGGAGAUUCGUUCGUGUUCACCUCCGGCGAGCUCGAGGCACGAGCACGAGUAGAGUCCGAAUUGGCCAGGCGCUGCAGCCAGGUCAUCGUCGUGCCGGUAAAUGGAAGUAUUCUUAAUUCAAGUAACCAGAGUGCGCUCCCAAGUGGUGGAUACAGUCAAGUGCUUAAUAAGGGGUUCGACCUGGCAUGGAACUCAAGGAAAGAUGAACAAUGCUACCAGUGCGAGCAAUCAAAGGGACAGUGUACCUAUAGCCAGAACAGGGCGUUCCUAGGUUGCUUGUGCUCUAAUGGGAAGGUGAGCACCAAGGAUUGCAGAAACAGCGGUGUCAGCAACUCGUCUACAUUAAGGUAUUCAAGCUUAAAGGGGAGAAUGAAACUUUCACAUCUGCACUUUGAACGCACCGCCUCGGCACCUUUCGGCUUUCGCCAUGUCCGGCAAGCUCUGCUUCUUGGCGUCCGUGCUCUUGUCGAUGUCCACCGUCGUCGACCUAGCGAUGGCGGCAUCGGGCGGAGUCAACAUCGCCGUCUACUGGGGCCAGAACGGCAGCGAGGGCACGCUCGGGGAGACAUGCGGCACCGGCCUCUACGCGUACGUCAACCUCGCCUUCCUCUCCACGUUCGGCGCCGGCCGCGCCCCGGUCCUCAACCUGGCCGACCACUGCGACGCCCCGUCGGGGACCUGCGCGUCCCUCGCCGCCGACAUCGCGUCCUGCCAGGCCGCCGGAGUCAAGGUGCUCCUCAGCAUCGGCGGCGGCGCGCUUGGGUACAACCUGUCGUCGCCCUCCGACGCGCGGGACCUGGCCGCGUACCUCUGGGACAACUUCCUCGGCGGCGGCGCCACCGGCGCGUCCCGCCCGCUCGGCGACGCCGUGCUCGACGGCGUCGAUUUCGACAUAGAGUCCCCCUCCAGGUUCUACGACGACCUCGCCAGGAACCUGGCGUCGCUGUACACAAGGGCGCCGCGGCCGCCGCGCGGGGGCAAGACGUACCUGCUCACCGCCGCGCCGCAGUGCCCGUACCCGGACGCGUCCCUCGCCGCGGCGCUCGCCACGGGGCUGUUCGACCACGUGUGGGUGCAGUUCUACAACAACCCGCCGUGCCAGUACGCCGCGCCAGGGGACGCGAGCGCGCUGCGGAGCGCGUGGGCGCAGUGGACGGCCGGCUUGCCGGCGGCGACCGUGUUCCUGGGGCUGCCGGCGUCGCUGGAUGCCGCGGACAGCGGGUUCGUCGACGCGGACACGCUCGCGUCGCAGGUGCUGCCGGUGGUGGAAGGCGCGGCCAACUACGGCGGGAUCAUGCUGUGGAGCCGCUCCUACGACAAGGACUCCAGCUUCAGUGUGAAGCUGCAGGCCGCCUUGCAGAACAGGAACAAGCCAACUGGAGCCGGCGCAUCCUCACAUACCAAGAGGAGAAUAUAUAUAAUAGCAGGAGUUUUCGCCGGCGUACUACUACUGUUCCUGCUUCUUAUAACCUAUUUCCUGUGCCAUAAAAAACACCACGGGCAGCAGCCUCCUGUACAAGAAUUGACGACCCCUCCAAAGGCAGAGCCAUCUCAGAAAAAACAGCGAGCUCAACAUCUGAAAAGAUACAGCUAUUCGGAAGUUGAAAGAAUGACCAAAACCUUUGCUCACAAGAUAGGCCAAGGCAACUAUGGUGAUGUCUACAAAGGGAACCUCCGUGAUGGCCGUCAGAUAGUGGUUAAGUUACUGAAGAAUUGCAGAGGUAAUGACAAGGAGUUUCUGAACGAGGUUGCCAGCAUUGGCACAAUUUCGCAUGUCAAUGUUAUUCCUCUGCUGGGGUUCUGCUUGCAAGGGACAGCAAGAGCUCUAAUCUACGAGUACAUGCCAAAUGGUUCCCUUGAAAGCUAUGCUUUCAGCAAUGAUGACUCUAUAGAGGAGAAUUAUUCCCUUUGGAUAUAUUGGGAGAAAUUAUAUGAAAUUGCAAUUGGUGUUGCGAGAGGACUAGAGUUUCUCCACGGAAGCGGCAAUGCGAACAUUAUGCAUCUCAAAAUCAAGCCAAGAAACAUUCUACUGGAUCAGGAGCUAUGUCCAAAGAUAUCUGAUUUUGGAGUAGCAAACCUGUGCUUGUGGAAAGAGAGCAAGAAAUCCGCUCAAAAUGCGAGGGGGAGAGAUAGCUAUGAUGCACCUGAAGUAGUGUCCACGAAAUUCGGAGCAGUCAGCAGCAAGUCUGAUGUCUACAGCUAUGGCGUGAUGGUCCUUGAGAUGAUUAGAGCAAAAAGACGUAUUAAUGUUGGUGCUGACACUACCACUAAGUAUUUUGCUCAGUGGCUGUAUGAUCACUUAGAUCAGUUCUGCAAUAGUAUUUCUGACAUCAGUGAUGAGACAAGAGAGUCUGUAAGGAGGAUCAUCAUAGUUGGUCUGUGGUGCAUACAAGCGGCACCUGCAAAUCGACCUUCGAUGAGCAGAGUCGUCAAGAUGUUGGAAAGUAGCAGCACAAAGAUGGAUCUGCCAAGAAAAUCUAUCGAGUAGUUAAACAUUGUCAAAAUCAAGAAAAGUAGUGUUUGUACCUCGCCAAGAAAGGAACUGCUGCGCUCUUUGCAUAACCGUAGUGUUAAAUUCAAAAGAGCACAGAAAUAUUGCAUUUUGUUA